AUGCCGGCAAAUUCUGUGCCUGCAUUGCAGACACCAACCAAGAAGCCGACAAAACCGACAUCCUCAAACAAUAAACGCCAGAAAUCAAACUCAUCGACGAUCAAGGCUUCUUUUGCAGUGUCAAAGUCAAGCAACUCCGCAAGUAAAAAAAGAAAGAUUAUUCACGAAAUUGAUAUCAAUGAACUUCCCCACAACCUUGGGAAGCUUGCUACGCAAAUUGUUCGAGAUGCACUGGAUGGUCCCCAGGAUAUCAAGAAUGAGACAUCAUCUCCUCAUUCACCAAAAAGGGUCAAGCUAGAAAGCAUACAGCCAGAAAGCAAGGCAAAAGAUGUGGAGUCAGCCAAAAUCAAGAGCAAAAAAGGCGCCGCAAAGUAUGGUCUCACACCCGGAGUCAGCCCAUUCCCAGAAUUCUCUCAUCCCACAGUCGAAGAAUGUGAGGAAGUUAAUCGCCUCUUGUCAACUGUGCAUGGAGAAGUUAAAGCACCGACAAAAGUACCCCAGCCUUCACUUACAGUAACCGGUUGCGGUGAAGUCCCUUCCGUACUGGACGCUUUGAUUCGUACUGUUCUCAGUGGUGCUACCACGGGCGCCAACUCUGCAAAAGCAUUCAAAGGCCUCGUCGAUAGAUUUGGGAUCCUUGAAAUGGGCAUCGGAAAGGGGAGCGUGGACUGGAAUGCAGUGCGCGUAGCACCAAUCAAUGAAGUGUUUGAAGCGAUGAAAAGCGGCGGUCUCGCAACGACUAAGAGCAAAUACAUCAAAGAGAUUCUGAAUAUGGUGUACGAGGAGAAUCUGGCUCGCAAAGAAGCGCACAUUAAGUCGGAAGAGGAAGGAAAUUCGGGUCCAGCUGGUGCUGAGCAUGAAUCCAAAGCUCAGAAAGAAGUCGAGAUAGCACUAACGGACGAGAAUGUGCUAUCACUGGACUGGAUCCAUGCCCUGGAUAAAGAAGAGGCAAUGCUAGAACUCAUUAAAUUUCCGGGGAUCGGACCCAAAACAGCCGCUUGUGUGGUGUUAUUUUGUCUCCAACGCCCCUGUUUUGCGGUCGACACACAUAUUUUCCGAAUAUGUAAAUGGUUGGGUUGGUUACCAUCAGCGGAUACCAAGAGAGUCACCGAGAUCACGGCUUUUAGUCAUUUGGAAGUUAGGAUCCCGGAUCAUUUGAAAGCUGUCCUCGGUGUAGAGCGAUUACAGGGGAGAAAAGUGAUGGAUGGGAAGAUGGAUGUGUGA